AGAAGUGGAUACAAAACAUUGAGGAGCUUGGACAGGAGAGGGCCGACAUGUCACCUCCUGAGGGAGUAACUCAAGAGGUGUGGAGUGACUGCAUCGCUUAUUGGAGCACAGACAAACAAAAGGCGAGAGCAGCGAAAAAUAAAGAAAGUCGGGGUAAGAUGAAAUUUUUAGGAGGCUGGGGCUCCAAGCCCAUUGUUUCACAUGUUGUCGAAGGGGCUAACCCCGACACAGGAGAACUGCCAACUGCGGUGGAAACUUUUCAAAAGUUUCACCAUAAAGGCAACGAUUGGCGCAACGAGUUCGCGCAACAAGCUUACGAGCAAAUGGUUGAAAUAGCGGCAACUCAACCAGCGCCCACUGCAGAUGAGCCCGAAGAGCCUGCUGUCGAUCCUACACAGUACCCCCGAGACUUACCUGUUAUGACGCAAGUACUCGGGGAACGAUCUCGACAUCUUAGAAGCUUUGGUCAUCUCCCCAGACUGAAGGGAGUUGGGGCCAAAAGAGCACCUGCCACGCAUCCUUCAGCCCAACCGACUGUUACAAUGGAACAGUACGAGGCUUUACAGAAAAAAGUAGAGGAAGCGGAGCAGACAACUCAACAUACGAGGCAGCAGUAUGAGAUACAACAACUCUACCUCAGACGAUUCCAAGAUCAGCUUGAGUAUCUUUCUCGAGCUGUGCCGGGUUUCAACUUGCCUCCCAUGGAUCUUCCACCAUUGCCUACUCCUGGUGCUGGAUCAUCGGCUGCUGGCAGUCUUUGGAUCGUCAUCGCAGCCUCCCGAGACUCAGAGAAACAACGAUGA